GUGCGGUCCUACAAAACAAGAAAAAAACAUGUCAAUUCAACAAACAAGAACUAAUUAAUCAACAAGAGCGAGAAGAAGAAAGAAGAGGAAGAAGGAAAAUGAUUGAAAUGAAGUCUGAAAUCUUGUCAAGAAGAUGUAUCAAACCUUCUUCUCCAACACCUUCUCAUCUCAAAACCUUCAAACUCUCUCUUCUUGACCAGCUCGCCCCUCCCAUUCAUGGUACCAUGACCUUCUUCUACACCUCCACUCUUAACAAUUCUUCAAAUUUCUCCCAAACCCUCCAGGAAUCACUCUCCAAAACCUUAACCCUCUUCUACCCUCUUGCCGGCCGCCUCCAGGACGCCGCCACCGUCGACUGCAACGAUCAAGGCGUGUUCUUCAUCGAAGCCAAAGUCAAUAUCCAACUCUCUCAGUUCCUUUCACAACCUGAUUUCAAUUUAACCGAUCAUUUCCUGCCCAGCAAUGACUACCAAACGAUGGAGCUUUCCAAUGGCGCGAUGUUGCUCGUUCAGUUCACUAGCUUCACCUGCGGUGGGGCGGCUAUUAGUCUUUCUCUGACUCACAAACUUGCUGAUAUGUCAGCACUCGUCACUUUCCUUCGAAGCUGGACAAACGCUAGUUGCUUAUUUUGCAAACCAGUUGUCCCGGAUUUCAUUGGGCCUAAUCUUCUGCCCCCGAGAGAUGAUUUUCAAAACAUGUCGGCUUCAGUGAACAUCAAAGCUGCGAACUUUGCGUUGAGGAGAUUUGUUUUCAGUACAUCAAAGAUAGCGGAACUUAAGGAUAAAGUGUAUGACCAAUUUUUACUAGCGAUGCAUCGCCAUCCUUCAAGAGUUGAGUUGGUGCUAGCCCUCAUAUGGAAAUGCGCCAUGGCCGCCAACAGAUCAAAAUCAGAGUCAUUUAGGCCAUCAGUUUUGUUCCAGGCUGUGAAUCUCCGCAAAAGAAUGACCCCUCCUGUUCCUGAAACCGCUUUCGGAAACUUUGUCUGGCCAUUUAUGGUGCUUGCAGAAGAAGAUAAUAAGGAUGACUUGGAACUACACGAGCUGGUGACUGAGAUGAGAAAAGCUUUCAACAACUUCUGCAAUGAAAAGGCUGAUAAAUUUAAAGGGGAAGAAGGUCAUUUAGCCAUUUUGGGAGCUUUAAAAGAGAGAGGAGAGUUUUUCAAGAACAAUAGGGAGAUGACGGUUUACAAGUGUACGAGUUGGUGCAAAUUUCCAUUGUAUGAUACUGAUUUUGGUUGGGGGAAACCCGUUUGGCAUGUUAGUGUGAACAAAAUAGUGAGCAAUACAAUUGCUUUGGCCGAUACGAGAUCUGGCGAUGGAAUUGAAGCGUUGAUUACUUUAGAUGAUGAAGAAAUGGCCAUUUUUGAGCGCAAUGAGGAGCUACUGGAAUAUGCCACUCUCAACCCCAGUAUUGCUUGUGCUUGACUUCAGAUUUUCUACUGUUAUUGUUAAUAAGGGCUUUGAAUUUUCUUUAAUAAAUUGGAUUGUGAUAUUAUUGUGGUUUUGUGUUGGAUCAAUUUAUG